AAAGGAAGUGCCAGCCUGCAGGUUCAGAGGGACUCUUUCUUUUUAAACUCCCCUGAGUCUACACCUUGCUGUUCUUCCCCUCCUCAUCUGUAGCUGCCAGAUAUAAACCUCCCUGCUCGAGCAAUCAUGUCGCAGCUGACUUCGUUCAGUUCUCGUUCAGCAACUGCCCCUUCUAAUUUUUCCCAGGUCCGGAUCAGCUCUGUUUCUUCAUCCCGUGGAAUCAGAGGAGGUGGAAGCUUUAGGAAGCCCGGUGGCUUUGGUAGCGCCAGUUUGUAUAAUCUGGGCAGCAAGAGGAUUUCCCCAUCCUACCCUGUCUCACCUUCGUCUGGAUAUGGCGGUGGUAUUCAAGAGGUCACUAUUAAUACAAAUCUAUUGUCCCCACUCAACCUGGAAAUUGACCCCGCCAUCCAGAAGGUACGCAAGGAGGAGAAGGAGCAGAUCAAGGUCCUCAACAACAAAUUUGCAACCUUCAUUGACAAGGUCCGGUUCCUUGAGCAACAGAAUAAAAUUUUGGAGACCAAGUGGAGCCUCUUGCAGCAGCAAAAGACCAGUACGCGGAGCAACCUUGCAUCCAUCUUUGAGGCCUACAUUAACAACCUGCGGAGACAGCUAGACAGCUUGCACAAUGACAAGGGACGGCUGGAAGGAGAACUGAAGAACAUGCAGGAUCUUGUUGAGGAUUUUAAGAACAAGUAUGAAGAUGAAAUCAACAGGCGCACCUCUGCAGAAAAUGAAUUUGUCGUGCUCAAGAAGGAUGUUGAUGCUUCCUACAUGAAUAAGGUGGAGUUGGAAAGCAAAGUGGAUGGGCUGACAGAUGAAAUAAACUUCCUGAGGGCGCUUUAUGAAGCAGAACUGGCUGAAAUGCAGGCCCAGAUCUCUGAUACAUCUGUUGUCCUUCAAAUGGACAACAAUCGGAGCCUGAACUUGGACAGCAUCAUUGCUGAGGUCAAAGCUCAAUAUGAGGAUAUUGCUAAUAAGAGCAGGAUGGAGGCAGAAAGCUGGUACCAAAGCAAGUUUGAGGUCUUGCAAGCUACCGCUGGAAAACAUGGAGAAGACCUGCGGAAUACAAAGAAUGAGAUUGCAGAGAUUAACCGCUUAAUACUGAGGCUGCAAGCUGAGAUUGAAAAUACGAAAAACCAGCGUGCCAAGCUGGAAGCCGCCAUUGCUGAAGCAGAGGAACGUGGUACGCGGGCUGUCAAAGACGCCCAGGGGAAAUUGGAGGAGCUGGAGCUGGCCCUCAAUAAAGCUAAGCAAGAGAUGGCCCACCAGCUGCGCGAAUAUCAUGAGCUAAUGAAUACCAAGCUGGCUCUGGAUAUUGAAAUUGCUACUUACAGAAAGCUACUGGAAGGGGAGGAGAGCAGGUUGUCUGGAGACGGAGCUGGUUCUGUAAGCAUGACUCUGGUCAACUCCACUGGUGGUGGUAAUACAUACAGCAGCGGAAGUGGUCUUGGCUAUGGUGGAGGAUUUAAUCUGGGAAGUGGAAUGGGCACUGGAGCUCUUGGUUUUACCUCUGGAGGUGGCUCAAGUGGCCUGAAAUCGACAUAUAGUGUGACAAGCACAUCCAGGAGAAGCAUCAGAAAUUGAAAUAAGCAAAGAAAGAAUCAUCACUGAAUAAAAGAAACGUCCCUUCCUUUCCUUGCAACAGAGAAGAAAAUAUGGGCUUGGGGAAAGGGGUUGUUUUGUUUCAGCACCCCAAAAUGGCCGCUGAUGAUGAUACAAAUCUCUAAAUUCAUGAGCUCCUCCCUACUUACUUUAAGCACCCUUAAUUCUCUUCUUGUCCCCAUUCAGACCAAGGAGAACUUCGUUGUUGACAACAGAGUAAACCUUGGUCAGAAAGUAACCACAUGCUCUGGCUUUGAUGUAAAAAAUGUGCUGCAUUUUCCUAUCUGUUUUUUUGGGGGUGGUGAAGGAGUUAAAGUCAUACAAAUAAAGCUGAGGCUAUCUUACUUUUCUCCUAAA